ACAAAGACAAGUGAGAAUGGAAGAAAAGGGAACAGAGAAUGGAACAGCUGCUAUGGCAGCCUGCUACCAGAGAUUUGACCCUGCAGCAUAUCUACAGUAUAACUACACCCCACCACGGGCUGAUUUUGAAAGAGAAGACAGCAUUGUGCCAUGGAAACUGGCAUGCCUCCAUAGAGCUUUCUCUGAAGGAGAUGUGAGCGGAGAGCUGCUGGUGGACAUAGGAUCCGGCCCCACCCUGUACCAGGUGCUGAGUGGCUGUGAGGUUUUCAACAAGGUGCUCCUCACAGAUUUCCUGGAAAUCAACCGGCAGGAGCUGAGGCGCUGGCUCCAGGAUGAGACAAGCUGCAGUAUGGACUGGACGCCAUAUCUGCAGCAUGUGUGCAAGCUGGAGGGACGAAGCCCUUCAGCAUGGAUAGAGAAAGCUGCAAAGCUACGUAAGGUCAUCACUGACAUCUUGCCCAUUGAUGUGCACCGCUCACACCCUCUGGGCCCUGACAUCCUUCCUUCAGCAGGGGCCGACUGCCUGGUGUCCUCCUUCUGCCUGGAGAGUGUCAGCCCUGACCUGGCUGCCUUCACCAGGGCUUUGGGCCACAUCGGGAGGCUCCUGCGACCUGGUGGCCACCUCCUGCUCAUCGGAGCCCUCGAAGAGAGCUACUAUCUUGGGGGGCCAGGGGUAAAGAUCCCUGUGGUCCCACUGACAGAGGCACAGGUUUGUGCUAGUUUGAAGGAGAAUGGCUACACCCUGAUCCGGCUGGAGGUUUACACGCUGCCUCAGGAUAUGAGGGUGGGGGUCGAUGAUGUUACUGGAGUGUUUUUUGUAAAGGCGAAAAAAGACUAAAGGGUAAAGUGGAAGAAAAGGAAAAGUUGAAAGUUCAUUAAAGCUGAA